GAAACAACUGACGGUUCGUUCGUUCCUACGUUUUGUUUUAUUUCAAAAUCAUUUGCGUUUUGCACAGCGUCCAAUAUACUGUAGCACGUGUUCGCAGCGUCAAGAGUUAUUGAAUAAUCCGUUCGCUGAAAAUCUGCGUUCUAUUAUUAAAAGAAAAACGCUACCUGAAAUAGCAUUGCGUAAAUAUUUCAACAGUGUCUAUAAGGUAACGAUACCUGAAAAGUGUAACUUCUGGUGACGCGUUAAAUUGAAUUUCAUGGUUAUUCCACUGAUUCAUUGGUAAAAUCUAAAUUUCCUCAAAUGUGAUCAUUCUCUUUGCGCACCUACCGUCGCGGUGACGAUUGUGUAAUUGCUGGUGAUCGAUCGGGAGCGGUGUUUAUUUCUAAAAACUCGUGCGUCAAAGAAAUGCACAAGAAAUGUGGUACGCGAUCGUUUCACCGAGUAGCGCAUAAACGUAGCUGAAAGUUCAAAAGUGAACGGCAAGUGAGACAAUAUUUUUUUUGUGCACGAAUAUUUUUCUCUUACCCUGAAGAGAGAAUUGGGAUUAAUUGUAAUGCAAUUAAUCCUGGGAUGCUGUAAUCACGUGGAAUAUCGGUGCAAUCGUGGUAAAACCGUGACUUCGCACGUGACGCAUCAUCCGACGAUAGUUUUUCAACUCUUAACACCUUGUCUCCGUUUCCCGGUCUCUAUGCUAAAUGCAUAGCGAUUCUUCAUCGAAACGGUUACACAAAUAGAGAAAAAGUGGAACAUUCUACUUUCACGUUCGACGAAGAAUUGAUAUUUCGCUGCGCGAUAGAAGUGCGAAGUGAUAAUAAUUGAAAGAAAGAUACGUGUGCAGAAUUUCGAAAAGGUUCGGCGGAUUUCUGUCGCGAGGAAAGAUAGAAAGAAGCGAAGGAAGAUGUUUCAAUGGCCAUUGAUUGUUGUAUUAGUGGUUUCGAUGUUUGAUGGCAGAGUAUGUCCUGUGGUGCAAAAAGGACACGACAAUGGCGAUAACCAUGAUGUUACCAAAGGAAAUAACGCCACCGUUGAUUUAAAUAACAAUGUUAAUAACACGAUCGUAUCCUCGAAGAACACGGUGGAGGAUAAAAAGGACGCAAAAUCGUCAAUUAAGGAUUUACCGGUCUUACGGGAGCCCUUGGGGGGCCCUGCAAAAGAGUCACCGCCCAAUGCGAAGAAAACUAUCGAGGAUGGAAAACAUGAUUGUAAUACAACAAAGGAAGUAACAGAUAUGAUUUAUUGCAAUGUUACUCCACCAGACGACGAUGCAAUUAUUGAACAAAACUCAAACACAACAGAGUCCCCAAGUACCACAAUUGCUGCAAACAAUAAGACUGAAGCGAGCACCGAAUCUCGGGUAACGAAAGUUACUUCUCAAGAGAGCAAUGAAAAAGAAAAUGGGAAGAAAACCCUGGAAACUGUUGUGCCAUUAAAUCAUUCAGAAACCACAGAUAAAAUAUCUUACGACGUUGUAUCCACGGAACCAAAUCAUCCUAUUCCUACCAAUGAAUCGGAAGUUUCAGGUACCACUUCAAAGCAGGAUACCAAUACAAGUGAAGCCCCGGUUAGUUCAGUAGCACCUCUACAGACAGAUAGCACAGCUAUAGAUACACAAUCCAAAGAUGUUAUUGGAGCUGUGAAGUCGAGUGAUACGGAUAAUAAUAAACCUAUGCCCUCAGGACUCAUAGCGCUAGUUACCGCCAUAAGUUUCGCUGUAGCAAUCGCGACUGUAUACAUUGGCAUGAUCAUCUGGAGACGAUAUAUUGAAUAUCGAUACGGUCACCGGGAGUUACUCGUGAACGAACUAGAAUUUGAUACUAAUGAUUUGCGUCAUUUUGAACUGUGAUUCUAAAAGAGUCAUAACCCGCGUAGGAAGAAGAAGUAAUUGAUCCACGGCCGGUCAAGGUUUAUAUAAGCUAUAACUAUUAAAGAUUCAUUGAUCUGUGAUACUAAGGACAUGCAUCGCGUCUGACAGUCAACAAACCAAAUCUAUUUGGAUAAUGUUAUACAUUUCUUGUAAUGUAAUUGUUUUAUAUGCAUUAUGUAUACACCCGGUCUUUUCAAGCUAUCGGUCGUUUUUCCCCUCCUCCUGUAGAAAUUAAUAUAGCAUUAAUGUGCUGUUAUUUAUAUUUUUUCAUAAUUAUAAUGCGCAGAUCGUUGAAUAAAUUACUAGUACUAUUACUAUAAGUAUUAAUUUAACAUUACAGAAAGCAAUAUGGGUGCUAGAAUGACGUUAGUAAAUCCAUAUUUCUUAUUGUUUUAUAGUAUUCAGAAUUGUUGAAAAUGUGUAUGAUGUUUGUUUUUCAUUUUUUUUUUCUGCCUUUGUAUUACCUACAUAUAAAACAUAUGUAAAUAUCACUAGUUAAAUAAAUCGAUGGAUUAUUUUUUUA